UGCAACAGUUCUUUGUCCAGCUGAUUAGGAAGUCUCCAGGCCAGUAGCAAGUGUUGCCAUUUUGGCACGACGAAUCUUCAUAAUUUCAAUCAAACUGAGUGAGAAAAAUGUCCGGCAAAGCAGUGCACAUUCGCGAACUGGAUUCGCUGUUGCGAAAGGGCCUCGGUAGCCAAGAGCUGCAGCUCAUCGAGUACAGCGUCACGCCGCUGGUGCCUCUCGGCGAGAAUUACGCCAGCUACGUGCUGAAGGUUGACGUGACGAUUCGUCGUCGCGAGAACGCCAAAACGGAGUCGCUGCACCUGGUGGCCAAGACGGUUAACGCCACGGACAAGACGGUGGCCACCUGGUCGGUGCUGCUACCCAAGGAGGUCUUUGCUUACGAGCAAAUCAUACCGGCCUACAGGCAGCUCGAGCGCGAAGCGGGUGUGGCUGAGAGCGACUUGAUCGACAUCGCGCCGACUUAUUACGGCUCGCGGAUGUCUCUGGACCCGAGCCAAACCGAUCUGGUGGACGACGACUCGCUGCUUCUCGUGGAAAAUCUCUGCACGAGAGGAUACUACAAUUGCAACAAAGCCGAAGGCACCGACAAGGAGCACGCCGUCAAAGCUUUGACGGAGUUGGCGAGAUUCCACGCGAUCGGCAUCGCGAUGAAACAAAAGAAGCCGGACCUAUUUCGAGAGAUCGUCGAGUACUCGCGGAAAGCCGGUAUAGACUGGGGUCAGAUGGACAAGGCCUAUAGAAUCUUACUGGACAAUUUCCGCACGCAGCUGCACGAUGAACUGAAGGUCAACCUGGACCUGAUCGAAGAGCGCGUAGCUUUCUCGAUAGGCGGCAAGACGUACAGCGAGGAACCCAGCGAGCCCUGGGCUACGAUCUGCCACGGCGAUUUCUGGCUCAACAACAUGCUGUUCCACAAGGAAGAGGUCACGGGCCAGGUCGAUGCGGUCAAGUUCAUCGACUAUCAGAUCUAUCCGUACGCGAGUCCGCUCAAGGACGUGGCCUUUUUCGUCAACUCCUGCCUGAACAAGGAGACGUACGAGCGCGACACCGACGAGAUCGUCGACGCCUACUACAUCCAGUUCGUCAAGUGGCUGCAGCGGCUGAGAUGCAACGUCGGGCCCUACACGAGGGAUGCCUUCGACGAGGAGCUGAGACGGCAGGCCCUGCGGGAAUUUCCGCUGUGCGGCGUGGCGGUUAAGUUCUUCGACAAGUCGAUCGCCAAGCCCAAGGGCGAGGCCCAAGAGACCAGUACCGAUCUCAUGCAGCAGAUCAUCUACAGCAAGCUCAACGAGCGCUGCGUCGAGCGCAUCCUGAGACUGUACCGAUUCUACGUGAGCAAGGGAUGGUUCAGGCGAUAGAUCAUAAUAAUGAGGAGAGAUAGCAUUAAUGUCGGGACAAGGUUAUGAAAAUUCCAUUCGCGUGUGUAUCACGACGAACUUAUUACAAAGAAAGAGAUGUGUUUUUUUGCAUCGAACAUGUUGUAAAUUGCAGCUAUUAUAUACACGCGAGCGCGACAAUGUCGCGGCAAGCAUUAUAUAAUCAAGAAUCUCGAUGAGCUGAAGCGAAGACAACGGCGGCGGCUCGAUACCAAUUCUCAAAGUAUUAUUAUGGAGGAAAGAUAAAGUGAUGGUCGUUAACCGCCUCAUCACAGCCAAGUUAUUGUAUUUAUAAAAUUAGACUUGUAAGUGUGUAUGCGCGCGCACACAGUGCGAAUAAAACUUUUUUGCUCGCUCGUUGAGUAUAGUAGCGAGUUACAUUGCUUGAUCGAGACACGCAGGCAAUUUUCUUGCACUACACGACGAAAGCGCAGACGUUGCAUUUAUUUAAUUUUUUUCCUCAUUCCUUACAUUAUUCCAGUACACUAUAAGAUUGCAGUGUGCAGCAUAACUCUCCAUCUGAA